CGAACCUCCAGAGAGAUAGGACUCAUUUAAAUUACAUAAUCAAUUUGGUGCUUGGAAAUGCUUGAAAGGAAGAGGACUGGAAUUCGAUGUUAAUUUUGGAAAGAGAGUGUUAAAUAUUACGUCCGUGAUGCUCCGAAACUUGAGGGUACUGACGAUAACAUAAAGGUCUGGCUGUCUGAUCUAAAGGCCUUAUUUUCUGACUCCACAUCCAACAAAGACAAUAUCCGUGCGCAAGAUGCCGUAGACCAGCUCUAUAAACUGGAGAGAGACGAACUUGUGAUUGGACGUUCAGACAUCGAAGCAGCACUUGACCUGUUGAACAGAGCAAGCAAUAAUGGCUGAACAGCAACGUGCGUUAGAGAGAGAAACUGGGGAUUUCGUCGAAGUGCUUGAAAAUGAAGCUGAAGUUACCAUCGACCGUAUACAAGAUGUUGGAAGUAUAGUUAAAGAUGAAUUAGAGAGGAAAGCGUCGGUCCUUGGUGACGUGCUCCAGUUCGAGACAGAUGUAGGCGUCCAUGCUAUACAAGAUGCUGAAGACAAAGCCCUCCAGAACAUAAAAGGGUUGAAUGAAGAUGAACAGACCUCGUUUAAAUCAGAUCUGAAGGAGGCUCUUAUCAUGUAUCACCGGAAAACAACUGCACACUAUUGCUUGGUCCUUUAUUUUACAGAGUUGAAGAAAGGUCUCAUCGUAUAUCAUGGCACAAAUAACUGCUCGCUACCGCUUGGUCCUUGCUUAGAUCUGGAAGAUUCAGGACUUGAGGACCUCUAUUUAUGGCCAAACAUUAGUAGGGUUAUUCUUCAGUCGAUUCAUAAAGACAAGACAUCAAUAGAACAGACUACAGAACCUCUUUCGAAUUUGGAACAGUUGUUCAGUUCGAAAGGUAUCAUAUUUCUCACCGCAGACGCUGGUGUUGGAAAGACAUCAUUUUGUAAGUUUUUAGUUUUAUCGUGGUGUAAGAUUCAAGAGGGAACGACCGAUCUGAAAUCAACGGUUAGUGGCACCCAAAACGUUUCUAGCAUUAUUGAGUAUUUGAAGGAAUUUACUAAUUUGUUUUACGUCAAUUUACGUGAAAACCAAUGCGCUAAAUUAGAGGAUAUCAUUUUCUCGCAUACGGAAUCUGUUGACACAAAGUUAACGCGGGAUAAUAAAGCCUUUGAUAAUAUAUUGUCGAAAGAAAACGGUUUGUUCAUUUUAGACGGCUUAGAUGAAUGUAAAAUUCCCUUGAUAAUGUCUAUGCCUGUAAAUAGAAAGUAUACUGUUCUCAUUACAUCACGUCCUUGGAAACUUGCAAACAUAAGUAUGCAAAAAAAAAUAUACACAUGCACAAAUUGAGGUUAUGUUUGAACAAGCAUUUCAAGACAUCAUAUGAUACAGAUGAUUUCUUAGACGCUGUCAAAACUCAAUGUUUAGAAUCUCAGCUCGAAAAUCCAAUGUUUGCGCUGCAGUUGUUAUGUAUCUAUCACGAUAAACGCAGUGAGAAUAAAACAUGUUCGGACAAUGCAACCGUUCACAGAUUAUGUUCAGAUUCCGGUACAACGUCAGUACCUCGUCAGACCGGACUGACAUACCUUGGUAAGACAAGGUCGCAUGUAUAUGCAAAUAUGAUAGAACUGAUGUUACGUAGUACCGAAAAGAAGGAGGAAUCACUCGUACAAGAUCUCAGUGAGUAUUACAAGAACAAUGGUCAACCACAUGCACUUCCCGAAUGUUUUGAUGAAAGAAAUUACGCGUGCUGUGGUUUAGCAAAACUAAUUUACGCUAUUGGAAAACUGGCUGCUUAUUCACUUUUAGGCGAUAAUAAAUCUUUAAUAGAAGAACACCAAAUAAGAAAACUUAAGAAAGAUGAAACGUCGGUACUUCUCAAAUCUGGACUUCUUUCGAAAACAAGCUUGAAAACUAUAUCAGGAGAGAGCAAUGUGUACACAUUUUUACAUCAGACUUAUAAGGAGAUGCUUGCAUGUGUGUUUCUAUCUUCGCAUGGUUUUGAUAGUGAUAUUUGGAGAAAAUUCAUAGAAAAUUUUGGUUCUGUUGUGUCACCCGAUAUGUUGUCUUUUUUAUGUGUCAUGAACUAUGAACAAGGUUGCAAGUGUGUAGAUAUGUUUAAUGAAAGCAAACGGUUGUUUGUUAGAGAUGGCACAUUUUACACAUCCGAACUAAUUGCCUAUCAAACAACAAUUGCAAUGACCCACAAAGAAUGUUUUGACAAUGGAAUUAAAGAGCCACGAAUUACGUUGAAACACGCACUGCUUAACCCAGAUUCAGGCAUUGGAACUGAUCAUGCACUUUUGCAAGGAAGCGGUCUUGAGUUGGAAACACUUUUCAUUAGCAACUAUUCAUUUACCACAGCAAUAGAACCGAACUUUUUCUCAAAUUCAUUGGUGCACUUACUGGUAGAAGAUGUUAAGUUUCGCGAUGACCAUAUCGUACUUUCGAAAUGUACACAUCUCUCAAAGAUAGCUAUACAGAACACCCGUCUGUCACGCGUAACCAUCAACCCGUCUUGUCUAGAGAU